AUGACCGCCCCAGACACCGCCUCCCCACAUAUCACCAAAAUCCCCCUCGAAACCAUCUCCAAACUCUCUCCCUUCUCCGGUCUCAUCCUCUCCAUAAUCCUCAUCAUCUACUUCCUCAUCCGCUACUACCUCUUCGAACCCCUUCUCCUCCCCUACCUCUACGGCUCCACCUUCACAACCAUGCCCUCGGGCUCCGCCCUCCGCUCCGGCUUCAUCAACCACCACAUUGCCGGCCUCACAAAGAUCCUCAUCUUGAUCCUCGCAGCUUAUCCCUUCAUCUCAGUCACUUUCCUCACUAGUUCUCUGCAUUCCCCAUUCGCGCCAGGAAGCGAGACCACAAUGGGAGAUGUACUCAUCAUCGCCGCGCAAAUGUUAAUCGCAAUGUACAUAUUCGAAUUACUGUAUCGACCAAAGAUCAGUCCAGUGAGUGUGGGACAUCAUAUUGGGACUAUUUUGAUUGGUCAGAGUGCCAUUGCGAUAAGUUUGGAUUUGGUAAAGGAGAGGGAUGCCACGAUUGAGUUUAUUUUGUGUACAGUCUGGGGAGCCUUUGACAUCCUCUCUGAAUUCCUCCCCCACCUCACCAUCAUUCUCUACCGCUGCAACCCCACCUCCCACGCUUUCCUCCGCAAAAUAUUCCGCAUGGCAGCUAUUACCACCUUCACUGGUACAAUCGCCGAAACAAUCGUCACGAUGUUUCUCUUUGGGAGUUUGUGGAAUCGAUGGACAUUGGCGUUUAAAAUCUCAACGCCCUUGUUGCAUGUGGUGUUUAUGGCGGCGCAGUUGUGGGGGACGUGGAAUUUUGUGGGUUUGUAUAGACGACAGGGGAUUUUGAUGAGGGAGAGGGAGAAGAGGGAUGUAGAGGAGGGGAGGGGGGUGGAUGGAAUGUGGAAUGGGGAGGGGAAUGGGGAGAGGAGUAUGAGUGAGAUUGAGGUGGAGAGACAGGGAGAGAGAGAAUGUGCUGGGAAUGGGAGCAAAGGAGUCGUCGCAACGGGCUGGACUCGGUUUCGGAAAAUAAUUCGAGUUUGA